AUGUCUCGUUGGGGAAAGAAGAAUGUGAAAAAAGCACCUGAGGUGAUCCGCACUGUGACCGAGGGGCUCAAGACUCUCUAUCGGAAAAAGCUGCUGCCCCUGGAGCAGUACUAUGGCUUUCAUGACUUCCACUCUGCCAGUCUGGAGGACGCAGACUUCGAUAACAAACCCAUGGUGCUGGUUGUUGGACAAUACUCCACUGGAAAAACCACAUUCAUCAAGUACCUGUUGGAGCAGGAGAUUCCUGGAAGUCGAGUGGGACCUGAGCCCACCACUGACUGCUUCACAGCCAUCAUGCACGGGGAUGUGGAAGGAGUCAUUCCAGGCAAUGCUCUCAUCGUAGACCCCAACAAGCCUUUUAGGAAACUCAACCCUUUUGGAAACACAUUUCUCAACAGGUUCCAGUGUGCCCAAAUGAACAACCAGGUCCUGGAGAGCAUCAGCAUCAUUGACACGCCUGGAAUCCUGUCUGGAGCCAAGCAGAGAGUGAGUCGAGGUGAGAGCGCCUACAAAGCCUCAGUGUCACAAUCCACCUCACAGGAAAUCAAGAACGCCUCUCUCAGCAGUGUUCCCAGCAUCUAUAAAACGAUAAUGAAGAGCAGAACUGAUGCAGGCUAUGACUUCCCAGCAGUACUACGCUGGUUUGCCGAGCGUGUGGACCGCAUCAUCUUGUUGUUUGAUGCACACAAACUAGAAAUCUCGGAUGAGUUCGCAGAGGCCAUUGGUGCAUUGAAAGGCAAUGAAGACAAGCUGCGUGUGGUGCUGAACAAGGCCGACAUGGUGGGCACACAGCAGCUCAUGAGGGUCUAUGGCGCUCUGAUGUGGUCCCUGGGAAAGGUCUUUGGGACUCCUGAGGUUCUGAGGGUCUACAUUGGGUCUUUCUGGUCCGAGCCCUUGAUGGUCUCAGACAACCGUAAACUGUUUGAGCUGGAAGAAGAAGACCUGUUUGCCGACAUCCAGAACCUGCCUCGUAAUGCGGCACUGCGUAAACUGAAUGACUUGGUGAAGAGGGCACGGCUGGUCAGGGUUCACGCACACAUCAUCAGCUACUUGAAACAGGAGAUGCCAUCUGUUUUCAGGAAAGAUAACAAAAAGAAAAAUUUGAUUUACCAGCUCCCAGUCAUUUUCUCCAAGAUCCAACUCCAGCACAACAUCUCACCAGGAGACUUCCCAGACUGUGCUAAAAUGCAGGAACAACUUAUGGUCCAUGACUUCACCAAAUUCAAAACCUUGAAACCAAAUCUGAUGGCCGCCCUGGAUGAAAUGCUGUCUUCUGAUAUUGCCAAAUUGAUGCCCCUUCUUCGACAAGAGGAGCUGGAGGCGACAGACCAGCCUGGGGUUCAGGGAGGAGCGUUUCUGGGCACCCACGCUGGGCCCUUCUCUGAGGGAGAUCCGUUCGCUGAGGAGAACGGAGAGGCAGAGGAGGAGCAGGAUUCGUGGGUAGUGACCAAAGACAAACCGAAAUAUGAUGAGAUCUUCUACAACCUGGCUCCAAACGAGGGUAAGCUGAGUGGCACCAAGGCCAAGGACUGGAUGGUGAGUUCUCGUCUUCCUAACUCUGUACUGGGACGCAUCUGGAAGCUCUCGGAUGUGGAUCGAGACGGCAUGUUGGAUGAUGAGGAAUUUGCCCUGGCGAGUCACCUGAUUGAGGUCAAACUAGAUGGCCACGGUCUGCCCCCUGAGCUUCCCUCUCGCCUUGUACCGCCAUCCAAGCGCAGGCAAAAAGGCUCAGAUGCGUAA